AUGCAGCAGGGAUUCCAGAAUGUAUCCUCGCAAUUUGUGCAGUAUGAGGAGAAACUGCAGCAGGUGCAGGAGGUGCAGGAGUUUCUCCUCAUACUGCACAAAUUGCGAGGAUACAUUCUGGAAUCCCUGCUGCAUAUCUUGACGCAUGUGCAGCGCAGCAUCUCCAGCUGCGCAUCGCUUCCGUACUGUGACUUACAGACUCGUAGCGGUGACCCAGAUGGCAACGGCGGCCGGCGGCCCUCGGGAACAAACUUUGAACUGCAGGAGCAGCAACAACAGCAAACUCCAGGCUGCCCGCCGCAUGCCGUUGUCGGUUGGCCGUUGUCGUACAGCACUGCGGUGGUUCUACGAUUCGGAUCGCAGUUAAAAUCUUUUCGAGGGCCGUUGUGGGCCCUGCGUGUUCAUCAUUUGCCUGUUUUUGGGGGCUCCAUCCAUACAACCAUCGCCCUCCGUUUUUCAAGUCCACACCGCAAUGCCUACCCGGGGGGGCGGGGAGAACGUCUGCCUGUCAAGUUCACCAGUAAUGCUGCCAAAAACCGCGUCAGAGACAUCACUGAAUGUGAGACCACUCCCGCCCAGCUGCUUCCGUAUCCCAUAAAGUGCCUGGUAGACCGCUGGGGUUUUAGUGAUGCAAACCCGUUGCAUCGUUUGCUUACUGUUGCAUGCGGCAACACAGGGUUGCUGAAGCACCUCAUUGUGUGUCCAGUCAGCUGGCAGUCUGUCGACGAUUAGAGCAUCUCGGCCGAUGUGUCUGCCAGCGCUGAUUGCCUCAUCACAUGGGUCCACCAAGUUUACUUUUGAUGAUACAAGGAAAAAAAGAGUACCAGUAUUGUGGCUACCGAAACUCCAUUAAAUGCCACCAGGAUAAAGAGAAGCUUCACGGUUGACAGCGCGUCGGAUGUUGUUCUCUGCAAUUCUUCUGUCACUGUGUUGUGCUGCUGUGCCAGCUGCUGCGCCUCCUGCGCCAGCUGCUGCGCCUCCUGCGCCAGCUGCUGCGC